AGACAUAAACCAACUAACAAAUCAACUGAGCUAAGAUGCCAGUGUCUCUCUAUACAGUGGUGAUUGCCACAUGGACUUUGAUCACGUGCUCUGUGUCAGUAACUCACGCAUCAGGGUUUCAUCAAUAUUGCCUAAUCGGCGCCGGACCAGCAGGUCUACAGAUGGGAUACUUUCUGGAGAAAGCUAAUCGUGAUUAUGUAAUAUUUGAGAAGACGAAUAUGCCAGGAUCCUUCUUCGAACAGUACCCAAGACAUCGCACGUUGAUAAGCAUCAAUAAGAUCAACACUGGGAGUACAAACAAAGAGUUUAAUUUCAGACAUGAUUGGAACUCCCUUAUUGGCGAUGGCGAUUUAUAUUUCAAGGAUUUUUCAAGGGAUUUUUUCCCCAACGCUGAUGCUAUACUAGAAUAUUUUCAAGCAUAUAAAACCAAGUACAAUAUACAUAUACAGUAUAAUACAACGAUUGUGAAUGUUGGACGUGAUAACACGGCUGCGGGUCUAUUCUCCUUAAGAGACCAGAAGGGUACUGUCCACACAUGCAAGACUGUUAUCGUGAGUACUGGGAUAGCUACACCCAAUGUGCCAGACUAUGAAGGCAUUGAACACACGAUAGGUUAUGAGGACAUGCCGAUGAACAUGUCGUUGUACGAUGGGAAAACCGUGCUCAUUCUUGGCAAAGGUAACUCGGCUUUUGAAACGGGUACAGCGAUAUCGUAUAUUGCAAAUUUCGUUCAGUUGGUGUCAUCCAGGCUGGAGAAAGACGCCUGGAGCAGCCAUUACGUUGGGGAUGUAAGGUGAGUCAAUAUUGUUGGCAUGGUACC